AUUUGUUGUAAGUAGUCUAUAUAUCUUCUCUCCCCUGUAUUAGCACAGCAAUGAAUCUAGAUCUACUCCACUGUGAUAACGGUGGUGGUUAUAGAUGUUUACUGUGGUGAAACUAUGUAGCAUUAUACAUCUCUGUGUCACAUGGCUUGUACAGAAGCUGGAUGGUUGUGUAUAUGUACAGCAGUAAAUAUCAAUUGAUAAUGGAAAUAAGAAAAUAUGUAAAUGUGUAUAUAUGUAUGUAUGUAUGUGUGUGUGAAGGUAUUACAUAAUGAGCCUUUUGAAUUCUGUAAUAUAGGGGAUUUUUUUCCCCUAACAUUCUGAUCUAAAUUAUGGUUUUUUACUAUCUAGUUUUUUUACCCUUGAAUCACAAAUUUAUCCUGAAAAUUUGAAGAACAUAAACUGGAAGAACGGUGUCGUUUAAUUAGUGAGGCAACAAGGGGAAGAAAGGAUAAUAAAAAACUGCGCGUUUUGGCGUAUCAUCUCUUUCCCUCUCCCGCCCGCGGCUUUUUCCUUUUCGUUGCUCGGUUAUUGGUUCAUGAGAUCUGCAACUGACUUGGCCACUCGGAUAAGCCGAGCUCUGAUCUCCUACUCAAACAACUUGAGUCCAACUCGGACAUGGAAUCCGUCACUCGAGCAGACUCUUCACCGACUCGGUUGUCGCGACUCUCUGACUCCAUCACUCGUCGCCCAAGUCAUCGAUCCGCAUCUCCUGAACCAACAUUCACUAGCUCUAGGGUUCUUCAACUGGGCAGCUCAACAGCCGGGCUUUUUACACGAAUCUGUAUCUUACGAAUCCAUCCUUAAGUCUUUGUCUCUGUCCCGCCAAUUCAGCGCCAUUGACGCUCUGUUGAAACAAGCAAGAGCACAGAAAAUAACCCUCAAUUCUUCUGCAUACCGAGUAGUGAUCAGUUCACUGGUACUGGGACAGAAAACCCAGAACGCGUUUUCCGUUUUCAAGGAAGCAAGUUCACUAAGUCGAGAGAUUGGUACUGAUGUCUGCAACUCGCUUUUAGCUGCCUUAGCCUCAGAUGGGCAAUUCAAUUCCGCCCAGAAAAUGUUCGAUGAAAUGACUGAAAGAGGUAUCUCGUUUACUACUCUUGGGAUUUGCGUGUUCAUGUGGAGGAGUUGUGGGAAAAGUUUGACGUGUCAGAUUUUGUGUAUGUUAGAUAAGGUGAAGAAGCUUGAUUCAGAUAUUAAUGGGUCAAUUCUUGCUGUAUUGGUCGUUCAUGGGCUCUGUCAGGCUUCCAGAGAAUCAGAGGCUUUCUGGCUAUUGGAUGAACUGAGGAGCAGAGACUGCAAGCCGGAUUUCAUGGCUUAUGGGAUUGUCGCCAAUGAGUUUAGAUCAAAGGGGAAUGUGUAUGAGAGGGAGAUGGUUUUGAAGAAGAAGAGGAAGCUGGGAGUAGCUCCAAGGAGUAGUGAUUACAGAGAGUUCAUUUUAGCUUUGAUUUCAAAUAGGCUCAUAAGAGAAGCCAAGGAGUUGGGGGAAAUAAUUGUGAGUGGAAACUUCCCUAUUGAGGAUGAUGUUUUGAAUGCAUUGAUAGGAUCAGUUUCAGCAGUUGAUGCAAGUUCUGCAACUAUGUUUCUGAAUUUCAUGAUUCGUAAAGAUCAAUUCCCGACACUAUUAACCCUGAGCAAUUUGAGUAGGAACCUAUGCAAGCAUGGGAAAGCAGAAGAACUAUUAAAGGUCUAUACGGCUUUGUCUUGCAAUGAUUAUUUUACAGACAUGGAGAGUUACAAAAUAAUGGUUUUCUUCCUCUGCAAGGCAGGGAGAGUGCGAGAAGCUUAUGGGAUCCUCAACGAGAUGAAGAAAAAAGGAAUCGAGCCAGAUGUCUCAUUAUACAAUUCAUUCAUGGAAGCGUGUUGUCGGGAAGUUCUACUUCGACCCGCAAAGAGGCUGUGGGAUGAGAUGUUUGCAAAUGGGUGCCGUGCAAAUUUGAAGACUUACAACAUUCUUAUUAGGAAACUAUCAGAAGAAGGUGAAGUUGAGGAUUGUUUGAGGCUUUUCCACCACAUGUUAGACAAGGGAGUGGCUCCUGAUAAUAUGACAUACAGCUCUCUUUUUGUUGGGCUUUGUAAAGAAACAAAGGUUGAAGCUGGUUUUGAAGUCUUCAACAAGGCUAUUGAGCAGGAUCCAGUGCUUGCACAGAGCAUAUCAAGCACAUUUGUCCUGCAGCUAUGUCGAAAUGGUCAUUUUCUUUCUGCUUCGAAGUUGCUCUACAAUCUUCCUGCUGAUAUAGUGUCCUCACACUCCCAUGUUAUUUUAUUGAAAUGUUUGGCUGAUGCGAAACUGAUUGAGAUGGGAAUUAAGCAUUUGAAACAAAUAGAAGAAACCUCACCUUCAAUGGCAGAAGCUAUUUCUUCUGAACUCUCAGCAUCACUUUCUUCCUCGUUGACUCCGGAGCCGAUUCUAAACAUGCUUCGAGCAUUA